AUGGAACCAAGGAACCAAACCAGUAUAUCCGAAUUCAUCCUUCUAGGACUUUCAGAAAAGACAGAAAUGGAGCCUCUCCUCUUUGCUCUGUUCCUUGGCAUGUAUGUGAUCACGGUAGUGGGGAACCUGCUCAUCAUCCUGGCCAUCAGCUCAGACUCCCACCUCCACACUCCCAUGUACUUCUUCUUAGCCAACUUGUCCUUGGUUGAUUUUGGCCUGGCCACCAACACUGUCCCCAAGAUGCUGGUGAACAUUCAAACUAAGAGCAAAUUUAUCUCCUAUCCUUGCUGCCUGACCCAGAUGUACUUUUUCCAUUUUUUUGGCAUCGUUGACAGUGUCUUAAUUGCAGCAAUGGCUUAUGACAGGUUUGUGGCUAUAUGUCACCCCUUACACUAUGCCACCAUCAUGAGCCCGCGCCUUUGUGGCCUGCUGGCUGGUGGUCCAUGGGUGUUUUCCUACUUUAUCUCUCUCACACACAUCCUCCUGAUGGUGCACCUGGUUUUCUGUGGCAACAAGAUUCCUCACUACUUCUGUGACCUCAAUCCCCUUCUCAGACUUUCUUGCACUGACACUUCUGUGAAUAAGAUCUUUGUGCUCAUUGUGGCCGGGAUGGUGAUAGCCACACCUUUCCUCUGUAUCCUGGCUUCCUAUGCUCGCAUCAUUGUGGCCAUCAUGCAGGUUCCCUCGGCAGGUGGCAGGAAGAAAGCCUUUUCCACCUGCAGCUCCCACCUGUCUGUGGUUGCCCUUUUUUAUGGGACUACCAUAGGGGUCUAUUUGUGUCCUUCGUCAGUCCGCACAGCUGUCAAGGAGAAAGCCUCUGCUGUAAUGUACACUGCAGUCACCCCCAUGCUGAACCCCUUUAUCUACAGCCUGAGAAACAGAGACAUAAACGGGGCACUAAGGAAGCUCAUCAAUAGAAAAAUUACCUCAUCUUCCUACCCACCAGGACACCUGGGAGUUUCUGGGUAA